AUGUUUGAGAAGCAGGUGCUCUUUGUUGAGCUAUUUGCCUACAUCGUGCGUAUUUCCUACGAUAUCCUGAGCCGUGCAGCCAAGCAAUCUCUCCGACGCCGACUGCAAAAAUCUCCGGAAGCCACUACGCCUGAGCAAGCUCGAUACAUCGUCAUAAUCGGCGCAUCCUUUGCUGGAUACCAUGCUGCACGAAUAAUCGCAAACUCGCUACCCAUCAACAGCCCUUACAAGGUUGUCAUUAUCGAGCCGAAUUCCCAUUUCCAGUUUACCUGGGUCCUGCCGCGAUUUUGCGUUGUCUCCGGGCACGAACAUAAAGCCUUUAUCCCAUACGGGCCAUAUCUCGGUAAGGCGGCGGAAUCUGUGCAAUGGAUACACCAGCGGGUGCAGAGCAUUGAACAGAAAUGCGUCGUUCUGCAGAAUGGAGAAGAGGUACCUUACGAAUUCCUAGUGGUAGCUACCGGCUCGUCGCAAGACGGCCAGCUACCAUCUCGUGUCGGCACUGAGUCCAAACUGGACGGCAUCAAGCGCCUACAGGAUAUGCAGCGUCGCAUCAAAGAAGGAAAAAGAAUCGUUGUGGUAGGCGGCGGAGCCGCUGGCGUGGAACUCGCCGCAGAUGCGAAGGAAAAAUACCCUGAGAAGAAAGUGGUACUGGUACACUCGCGUGAUGGACUCAUGCAUCGGUUUGGUCCGGAAUUACAGGCUGCUGCGCUGAAGGGCCUAGAGAAACUGGGCGUGGAGGUGAUUCUCAAGGACAGAGUAGUUUAUGAGGCGUCCAAAGAAGGCCAUGUCGUGUUAACGUCAGGGCGGCAAAUCGAGUGCGACUGCUUGGUAAAUUGCAUAGGCCAAAAGCCUGCAUCGCACGUUCUCGCACAACUGAGCCCCGAAGCGAUCUCAGAGUCAGGCCGCAUCCUUGUAAAAUCUACUUUACAAGUCGCAGAUGUAAACCUCCCCAGGGUAUAUGCAUGUGGUGAUGUUGCCCUCACAGGGUUACGCAACGACAAUGCCCGGACUGCAAUGCACCAAGCCACCGUCGUUGGCGACAACAUCGUCCGCGCGGCCACGGGUAAAGAACCAAACAUUAUAUACAGACCUCACUGGGCAGACGGAUUGAUCAAAUUGACGCUUGGGCUUACUGAGUCGGUCACGCACUUUGGAAACGGCAAGACGGAAUUACUCUUCUCUGGCAAGGAGAAGGAUUUGGCGUUGAUGGCUGGUGGGGCUUGGAAGAACAUGGGAGUGAAGCCGUUUGAGGAUCCUGAUAUGGAGUUCGCAGGCAAAUGCUAA